CAGCACUAGUGUCAGCCAUCUUGGUCGACACCCACCCAGUGCAUUCACUGCGGUGCCUAGGCAAUCCAAUCUGAGUGACCCGGUGCUAAGCUGACCAGAAGAGGGCUGUGAUUUUCAGCACGGUGCUCUCUUGCAUUUUAACUCCCCCAGUCUGCACAAAAGGGAUAACAAGAGGUUGAAGAGAAGGGGGAGGCGGAGGAGGAGAAGGCAGGGCAGCCUUUCUCAACACAGCAGCAUAUUUGACUCAGUUGUGACAAGGAAGGGAAGGAGGAUGCAAGCAUAAAGAGGAGGAAAAGCAGCACCCUUUCAAGCACCUGCUGAGAGCUGCUGUGGGCCUUCCCACGUCUUUUGCCUUUUAUCCUCUUUGCUUUGAUGCUCUUUUCAUCCUCUCUGAUUUUCUCUUCUCUCUGACCCGUUAUUUUUUUUUCACAGUUUUUUUUGGGGGGGGGAUCAAAAGCUACUUUGCCUUUUUUUUUUCCCACGGUGGUGUUGGUUUUGCGUCGCAUCAGCUGAGUCAUCAUGUCUGAUCUGACGCCUCAGAGCGAAACCCCCACUCCCACCACCGACAAGAUCACCCAGGCCGCCCGGGAGACUAUUUAUCUCUGCAACUUUCGCGUGUCUGUCGAUGGCGAGUGGCUUUGCCUUCGCGAGCUCAACGACAUCUCCCUCACGCCAGAUCCAGAGCCGGCCCAUGAAGAUCCCAAGGAUCCCAUUGCAAUCGAAAGGCUUAACUUGAUGAACAUGGCCAAACUGAGCAUCAAGGGCCUGAUCGAGUCCGCUCUCAACCUCGGGCGCACACUCGACUCUGACUAUGCACCUCUCCAGCAGUUCUUUGUCGUGAUGGAGCACUGUCUGAAACAUGGGUUGAAAACCAAGAAGACCUUCCUGGGGCAGAACAAGUCCUUCUGGGGGGCGUUGGAGCUGGUAGAGAAGUUGACACCUGAAGCCGGAGAGAUCACUGCCAGUGUAAAAGACCUGCCUGGCCUCAAAACUCCUCUAGGAAGAGGGCGUGCCUGGCUGCGACUGGCCUUGAUGCAGAAGAAACUCUCCGACUACAUGAAGACCAUCAUCAACAGAAAGGACCUGCUCAGUGAAUUCUAUGAGCCAAAUGCGCUGAUGAUGGAGGAGGAGGGAGCUGUCAUCGCCGGGCUGCUCGUCGGACUAAAUGUCAUUGAUGCCAAUCUGUGUAUGAAAGGAGAGGACUUGGACUCUCAGGUCGGGGUGAUUGAUUUUUCAAUGUACCUCAAAGAUGGUGGACACAGUAGUAAGAGUGCAGAGGGCGACGGUCAGAUCACAGCGAUUCUCGAUCAGAAGAACUAUGUGGAGGAGCUGAACAGACAUUUAAGUGCAUCAGUAAAUAACCUCCAGGCCAAGGUGGACGCUCUGGAAAAGUCCAACACAAAGCUAACCGAAGAGCUCGCAGUGGCGAAUAACCGGAUCAUCACUUUACAAGAAGAUGUGGAGAGAGUAAAGGAGGAGAGCUCAUAUCAGCUGGAGUCCAGGAAGCCAUCAAGAAGCGACUCAGCAGUAAACGGACAAGCACUGGGUGAAACACGCAAGCAGCUCAAAGAGGAAACUUUGCUGCGAUUGGAUGUGGAGAAGGAGUUGGAGGUGCAGAUUGGAAUGAAGCAGGAGAUGGAGCUGUCCAUGAAGAUGCUGGAGAAAGACAUCUGUGAGAAGCAGGACGCUCUGGUGGAGCUCCGACAGCAGCUGGAAGACCUCCGUGUCAUCAACCAACAGCUUAGCCACAAGUCACAGAGUGUAGACGCCGGCUCUAAACAGAAGAGUGAAGCCAUCACUCGCCUGGAGGAGAAAAUCAACCAGAUGACGGGGACUGUAAAACAGAUGGAGACCAGAUGCAAACAGGCUGAGAGAGAGAGGGAUUUGGCUUUGGAGGCCAACCGGCUCUUCAAACAAGAGUUUGGGGACAAAAUCGAGAGUCUGCAGGUGGAGGUAGAGCAACUGAGGAAACACAGGUCUAAUCUGGAGCUGGGGCUGAGAAAAGAGCGAGAGCGAAGUAGUGAGCACCAUCUCAACGCUGCGUCCGUACACUCCAGUACUCUUCGGAGGGAGAAGAGACUCCCACAGAACAUACCAAAACAUCCCCCAGAAUCCCCAUCACUCAAAAGGGAGACUGACCAGUUACACACAGCAGCAGAGGACCAAACAAGUCUGAGCUCUAGCUUGUCCUCCCGGUCACAUCAUGAGGACGAACAGGACGAGUCCUCGGUGGAGAUCAGUCAGCCUUCCAUCUGUACGAUGUGUGAGCAGGACGACUCCCUCCUGAAGACAAAGAAACAGUGUAAGAACUGCAGCGGCAUUUUCUGUGAGAGCUGCGUGUCCAACGAGCUGCCGUUACCUUCUUCCAUUCGCCCAGAGACUGUUUGUACCGCCUGCUUCUCUUGUUUACUCCAACAAUAUGCUUCAACACCACCAUGAAACGACUCAUGGACAUGAUGAUCAGACACAGGAAUCCAGAGGCACUCAUUUGUAAAACUGGCACUGCAAAAAUGCACUUUUUGACUUUGAGACUCAAGAGACAUUAUGAAAGGUCUGAUGGAGUCAGAUUCAGAUCAGAUUGUAACCAAUGUCCAAACAUGUGCCACUGAAGCUGAUUGAAUUCAGGUUUUCAUUUUUAAAAUACUGAUUUGGCCAUAAUUCUUCCUUUAUGGCGGAAAGUGUGGGUUGAACUGCUGUGGUAUUCCUGAGAAGCUGUAAAAUGGCACCUGGAUGGAGAUUACUGAUAUAAAAAUUCAACUUUAAUCAUCUCAUGCAUUAAAAAA